AAUGUGGUCAGUGACGUUUCUAACGAAUAUUUCGCUAUAUACUCCGGUACAGUAGGUGGCUGUAUGCAAUUUUCAUGGUAGUAUGCCAGUUUAAAAAAAAUGGAGUCGAGAAAAGAGAUGCAGACGCAGAAGAAUAUUCGCUUCGGAGUUAUAGGAAUGCUACACAGACUUAUCCUUUCUGUUUGUUAAUCUAACAUGGAACCUUUUUUAUUGAAAUGAUGCCUUUCUCGGUUCCUUAACAAGUUAAACUCAUCGUUGGAUGCUAUUAACGUCUGUUACCAUGUUGCCUUCAAAAACAACAAAUAUACACAGACUGCUGCAAUUGAAGCACUUAAGUAGAUGGCUUGUAUCAGGAAAGAGCUACUCGCGACUGGUUUUGGGUAUUGAGACAAGCUGUGAUGACACUGGGGCGGCUGUUCUAGAUGAGGCUGGGACUGUACUGGGGGAGUCUCUCCACUCACAGAAAGAGGUGCAUCUGAGGGCAGGCGGUAUAAUUCCCACUGUGGCACAAAAGCUUCAUAGGGAACACAUUGAGCUUGUAGUCAAUGAGGCUUUGGAGAGGAGCGGUGUGGACCCAAGCCAGCUGACAGCUGUGGCCACCACAGUGAAGCCAGGUAUGGCACUGAGCUUGGGCAUUGGUCUUGAGUUCAGCCAGAGGUUUGUGAGGCAGAACAACAAGCCCUUCAUCCCCAUCCAUCACAUGGAAGCCCAUGCCCUGACUGUCCGGAUGUUUGAGCCCGUUUCUUUCCCCUUCCUGGUAUUGCUCAUUUCUGGUGGCCAUUCCCUUCUUGCGGUAGCUCGCGGGGUAGACGACUUCCUUCUUCUGGGUCACACUCUGGAUGAAGCUCCUGGAGAUUCACUAGAUAAAGUAGCAAGACGUUUGUCACUCAUAAGACACCCACAGUGCUCCACACUGAGUGGAGGACAAGCAAUAGAACUCCUGGCUAAGGAUGGUGACAGGACAAGGUUUUCUUUUAGGACACCUAUGGGACAAAGUUAUGACUGUUGCUUUUCUUUUGCUGGCCUUCGAAAUCAAAUUAACAUGACGAUAAUGAAAAAAGAAGCAGAGGAAGGUAUCGAAUGUGGAACUCUGCUGUCAUGUGUGAAUGAUAUAGCAGCUGCGACACAGCACACAGUUGCCUGUCAUCUUGCAAAGCGCACACACCGGGCCAUCUUGUUUUGUAAGGCCAAUGGACUGCUGCCGUCACUCUGUCCCACGUUGGUACUGUCCGGAGGAGUUGCAAGCAAUCAGUACAUUCGCAAGGCACUGCGCAUCAUCACUGAUUCAACGGGCCUUUGUCUGCUCUGCCCUCCUGCCAAAUUCUGCACUGACAAUGGAGUGAUGAUUGCAUGGAACGGUGUCGAGAGACUCAGGGAAGGAACAGGGAUACUGCCUCCGAAUGCAGACAUAAGCUAUGAGCCAAAGGCACAACUGGGUGUUGACCUCACAGCAGCAGUGAAGGCAGCAGCUAUUAGGUUACCAUCAGUCAGGAUGAAAAUAUAAACAUUGUCAGAAUCAGUAGUACAUUACACACAUUGGGCAUGAAACUGUAUAAAAGAAAAUGACACGUGAUAUUUUUAUGAUGUUUUAAUGCAUUGUUGUUCUCUGUAACGGUUUCUUUUUGUCUGCCAUAUUGUCCGAUAUCAAAUCCUUCAAUAUAAACACCGCUUAUCCUGCACAGGGUCGCAGGUGCUGAUCUUAGGUGAGAGGUAGGGUUGCCAGUUAGUCAUAGGCUACGUAAGAGACAGAACCAUUCACACACUUAUUCACACCAUAAGUGGGAACUGGCUGCAAAGAAGUCAGUGUGAGUGAAAAUAUACUGUAACGUGUACACCAAGUAUUCAAACCACACUACACUGCUGGCAUCCAUCAGCCUCGGAAGACUAUGGUAGUUGCACCGUGGAUUAGUCUGUGGUAAGGUUGCAAACCCUACUGUCCAAUCCUGGCAUUUAAUUACAGUGUAUUUAAACAUACUGACUUAAAAAUGAGAAAUAGCAACUACUACACAAACUACAGCUCAUCAUGUUGAUAAAUGUUGUACUCCUUUGCACUGAUAAGCCCAUCUUUGUCGCUGUCACUCUUGUGGAAAAUGUCAUUUAAGAUCUUCUCAUAGAAGGGGUCAUCUCGUGGAGUCCCAUCUUUUUCAAAUUGAAGUUUCAAGUAAUCUUUUACCUGCAAACAGACGAUGUGUUAAUUAAUUAUAAUUCUACAACCACAAUAUUACAUUGCAAACACUGCAAAUGAAUACAGUUAUUUUUCUAAAUAUGCCUCUUGUAUUUAGCCCGUGUGUGAAUAUGUACAUAUUGUUGUGACCAGUGACUGUAUUUCUUGGAAAACACAGCUAAUGGAUUUUG